AUGAUCGACUCGCUCUUGCAGUUCCUCCUCGAGGAGGUCGCGAUGGACGGGGACGCAGGAACGUCGGUCGCCUCGCUCGGCGGCUUCGUCGAGCAGUUCUAUGACCGCGCCUCGUCUGGCCUCGAUCAGCCCUCAACUUCGGAUGGCACCCGCGCUCAGCGGGUUGACGACGCCUUCCUAUCGUUCGUCUGGGAAGCCCUCCUCUCACAGCCAGGCGUCCGCGUCGGCGUCCUCUCGCAGCUCGCCGUGCCAGCUGCCAACGAGCCGAAAGUUGAAGAGCAAGGAAAGCAGGACAGCGUUCCUCCUGCAGACGGCGGUGAUGCCGAGGAGGCAAAGACUGCAAAGGACAAGAGGAAGAAGAAGAAAAUCGAGCGCAAGGCGCAAGGACCGACGCACGAGGUCCGCAUCAUCGAGGGCGACGAGCGCGAGGAGGGCCGCGCCGCUCUGCAGGAGCGGUACGGCGAUAGCUUGAGGAUCCUUGCAGGCGAGGAGACGGCGUGGGUCGCGAUUACUGGCAGCCAUGCGAGGCCCACCAGUCUCACGCCGACGAUCUACGCCGUCCUUCAGAUGAUCUCGCGCGGCAGGGACGAGGGCACGACAGCCGUGCGCAUCUCGAAGGAAAUGGGCAUCGACCCGAAGAGCGUCUUCCACUACAUCAAGAUCCCGCAGCAGCUCGGCAUCAUCAAGAAAUUCAGCGACAUCGACGAAGGCUGCCGGACGAACCGCGUCGUCCACGUCCGCUACCUCUCGACCUCGGCCGCCUGGGCCGCGCACAUUGCCUCUGAGCCCGAUGUGAAGGAGGAAGAAGACGGCGAGGAAGACGGAGAAGACGGUGCAGACGCAGGCUUCGGCGGCGGCUGGGACGGGACCGAGUUGACGCCGAUCAGCACGCUUUACCUGACGACGAAUGUGCCGCUCAUCCGGAAGCGCGUCGUCAAGGCCCUCAAGCGCCGCAAGGACUGGUGGAUGCCGCACUGGGAGCUGCACUCGGCAAUUGGUCUCCACACCGCCAACUCUCGCGAGCUCCGCCGUCUCAACUCGAUCGUCUCGGUCAUGGCGAACGAGGGCAUUGUCGAGAAAAUCGCGGUCACGAAGAAGAGGUCGGCGACGCAGUCGAGCGUCGUCCAGGCGUUGCGCUUGCUCAAGCCUGAGGACGCACAAGAAGGCGCGAACGGGUCCGAGGCGUUGGCGAGCGAUGAAGACGCCCAGGACGACGAGCACGCUUGCCCGGUCGCUUAUCGCUCCCUGGAGCGUCAGAUCCUCGACCUGCUCAUGGACGCCGGAAGUCGAGGCUUGACCAACUUCGAGAUCUCGUCUGCACUCGGUGCCUAUCCCGUCCGCUUCAUCGACGUCCUCCUCCAGCGCUUCGGCCGCUACCGCCCUCCUGCUCCUUCCGCCGACUACACGAUCCACUCGGUCCACGAGACAAUCGGGCGAGUCAAGCAGACGCGCUGGUUCUCGCUCGUCGGCUACCUCUCCUUCCGUCGCUCCCGCGGUUUCCCCGACGAGGAUAUGGAGGCGCAGUGGCGCGAGAUCGCCGACUCCGCGUCGCUUGGAGGCUGGCUCACGCCGGAAGGUGAAGGUCCGGCUGAAGGACAGUACGGCUCGAACACGGAACGACACGCCUGUCUCGCCAAAUUCAACCUCUGGGCGACGACCGCCAAGAGCGUCACGGGCGUCUCGAAGAAGCCGAAGAAGGCGCCGGCGAAGAAGCGGAAGGCUGCGGCGAUCGAGGCUGCUGACGGUGUCGAGCAGCCUGCGGAUGGCGCGGCGGACGAAGUGGAGGAGGACGGCUCGCCCCCGCCGAAGAGGCAGAAGGCUGUGAUCGGCCGACCGCGCAAGCACCCUCUCAAGCCUGGCGAGGAGACCUACUACAUGCGCAAGAAGCGGGAAAAGGCGGAGGACGAGGAGAGGGCGAGGCAGGGCCUGCCGCCGAUCGAGAGGCCGAAGGCGAAAAACGCGAGGAAGAAGCCGCCGAAGAAGAAGGAGGCCGAGCAGGCGGUUGAUGCUGCGACAGGCGACGGUGAAGCUGGGGCGAGCGGUUCGCCGCAGGCUGUCACGCCGAUUGACGAGCCGCCUGCCGCGACUCCUACACCGGCGAAGAAGCGCGGUCGGGCGCCCAAGAAGAAGGACGCCCCCGCCGAGACGGCUGACGGCAACGAGCCUGCGACGGAACCGUCGACACCUCAAGUUCCCGUCACGCCUGCCACCAAGCCACGCAAACGUGCUCGUACAGCUGUCGCCGCUGAAUCAUCCGCCCCUGCGACACCUGCCGCUCCAACCGCUCCAAAGACGAAGCCCACGACUCGCCAGCGCCUCGAACCCUACAUCGACAUCCCACAAUCUUCUGUCUCCAAGAAGAAGAAGAGCGUUGUCAAGAAAGCGCUCGACGCGCUUGCCGGCAUUCACAGCUCUUCGCCGCCACGAGGCGACCGUCCCGCUUCGCCAACUCUCGACACGUCCGAUAAGCGGAUUGAGCAGGCGGCGAAUGCGCAACCUGCGGAGGCUCCUGCCGAGGCGUCUGCUCAGCCAGCGGCGGAGCCCGCUGCGUCCGGUGCCCCCGCUCACGAGCCUCCUGCAACGCCAGCUGCGACGCCCGCCUCGAUAGGCCGCAACGCCACGUCCGCGACUCCCGUACUGCCGACUCCAGCCAGCAAGAAGAAGCCUGCGACCGGCCGCCCGUCCGUCUCCUCUCGCGCCAACCUCACCUUGCUCGCUCGACAGCAGGAGGUCGUCGACUACGUCCAGGCCCAAGGCGGCGUACUCGAGUACACUUACCGCCUCAACGAGGCGCUCUACGUUUGGGGUCAGAAGCAGAACCCUCCGCGCCACGGCUACGUGAUCGACCGCGCCAACCUCAAGCAGGUCCUCGAGGCCGCGACAUCGAGCGGACAGCUCCGCAAGACCGUCGUCACGGAUAGCAAGUCGCAACGACACGACGUCUUCUACCUUACCUCGCUCGCUUCAGACAGCGCGAUCGUGAAGAACUAUCUCGACGACAUCGCCAACCGCGACCCUCACGACCGCUUCACAAGGUACGAAGUCCAGCCCGACCUCGUCGUGAUGUCGGACGAAGACGUGCCGACCAAGGAGAAGCAGGAGGACGACGCAGGCGCCAAGAGCACCUUCCUUCCGGACCCGCAACCGACCGACGGCCAGGACCGGGUGCGCAGCUUCUUCCGCCACCAUCAGACCCUUCUCGGUCGCUCUCACGGCGUCAAGCACGGCCUCGUAGCACGCGCGCGCCAGCUCCACAAGUGGCUCGCAAGUCUCGUCUUCUCGCACGUCGACGAGAAGGACAUCGUCGUCAAGCGCGACGAGGACGGCUUCGUCAUCGCCCAGUCGACGCUCCUCAACUCGAUGCCGCUUGGCGUCUUCCUUCGCAUCGUUCCCUUGCCCGUCCAGUCCGAGACGCUGGACGCCUUCCUCGCCGAGCCGGACAAACUCGAGUUGCCCAUGCGCGACGUGCCCAAGGAGAUCGCCGACAUCAUCAGGCCUCGCUCGAACAAGCGCAAGCAGUCGCUCUGGAAGGACCUCCAGAUCCUGAUCGACCUCCAGCUUCUCACGCCUCUCGUCAUGGGAACCCUUGCGACGACCCGCUCUGUGGCCCCGACCUUCGAGGUCCCCACCAACCCGAAGGCCUGCACGCACUGGCUCUUCCGCGCGCGGGCACCCAUCUACGCAUUGCGCGACCCUGCCCUCCCGCUCGUCGACGUCUGCCCCGUCACGGACAUCGACGAAGUCUUGUACUUCUGGAAUCGUCUCCACUCCGUCUCGACGGACCCAUCUUACGACGACGCCGGCCAUGCGCUGGACGACCCUGUCUUCCCCGCGACGUGUCCGACACGCCACCUUCGCAAGCCUGAGCUGCUGAGGCCGUUCAAGUGGCGCGACUCUUACGAGCUCGCACCGAGCCAGCGCACCUUCCUCAACAAGCUCGCUCACCACGAUCCUGGCCUAACCGACCCUGACGCCGACCGCACUGUCGAUCUCGAGGCGUGGGCUGCUUGCCUCCUCGCGCCGACAAACGUCGUCAAGGACUACCUCGUCAAGAUCCGUGACCAGGAGGCCGAAGAGCUCGUGCGGCCGAAGCGCAAGAAGCGCAAGACUGACGGCGCUGGAGGGGGAGCCGGAGACGAGGAUGAGGCGGGAGCGGACGAGGCGAAGACCCCGACGAACCUCGCUGCCGCCCUCGCGCGCAAGGUCAGGGAGGCGGCGGAUCAGCGCGAGCGCGACUGGCAGGUCAUCGUCGAGCGCUUCCGCCAGGAGCACGGGCACCCGGAUCUGGACGAGAGCGUCGUCGACUGGCUGCACAAGACGUUCCAGGACCCGCACCGCCGCGACAAGCUGGACGCCAAGCAGCUCGACUUUGAACUCCGUCGACUCUUGCCCGCCGGUCAGAACGCUCCGACGGACCCUUCGAUGCGCACGAUUGUCCCGACCUCGCUUCAGCAAAAGGCUCGCCUCGCGAAGGACCCGUACGCCAUCAAGCGGCAGCCCAACAUCCGUCGCCGACCGGUCGUCAAGCGCGUUCGUGCCAAGCAGGCGACUCCUGCGAAAGAGCCUGCCGAGGAGGCGGAUGAAGAGGAGGACGAAGAAGCAGCAGGUUCGCCGUUGCCUGCGCAAGAGCCCCUCCCUGCGGAAGGGCGCACGACACCGCUGCCGUUCCGUCGUGGGGACCAGACCGAGUUCUUGACCAACCCCCUCGGUCCGCGACCCGACCUUCCGGCCGGCAAGCGCGCCUCGCGCAGUCGCUACACGCCGGAGCAGGACGACCUUCUCCUCGACGCUGUCGCGGUCCUCAAAGUCCGCGCUCUGCACCUCCGCGCGCCUCGCCCGUCGUACAACCCGCUGGGCGAUUUCUUCUCCGGCAACAAGGCUGAUGCCCUGGCCAAGCGUGCGGGGACGCUCCUCAAGCGUCAGCAGGAGCGCGACUUUCACGAACGGCUCGUCUCGACUUGGUUCAACGCCUACAAGGAGCACAAGGACGAGCUCGAGGACCCGAACCCUCACAGCCUCGUCGACUUCGACCUCGCCUCGUUCAUCAGGUGCAUGCGCACCCACGUCAACAAGCGCGCACUCCGUCUCAUGGGACCGCUUCCUCCUCCCCUCGUCAAGGCGGACCCUUUGCCAGACUCGCUCGACGCCUUUUCCCGCUUCUACCACGUCAAGCCGGCGCUCGAAGCCGUCCACAGUGGUCGUCAAUUCGAGAAGGUCUGGACGAAGCACCAGAUCGCGAUGAACGAGCGCGAAGAGGCGGCGGUUAUGGGUGCGUACGCCAAGCGGUGGACGGACGAGCCGGUCAAGGCCGACGCUCACGACUGCAAGCACAACCUCGCCAUGUCCGCCAUCAAGGCGAUCAUGACCAUGGAGGAGGAUUCCUACGUCCCUGCGCAAGGAGUAGCCAUGCUCUCGCCGUUCAGCACCGCCGAAGCCAAGGCCGCACUCGACGAGCUCAGCGCGAAGGCAAUCGCCGCACAGCUGGACAAGGAGCAUCGCCUUCCCGGUCGCAACUUCGCCUUCGACGACAGGUUUUUCGAACGUCUCAGCUUCCACCUCGACCUGGCGCAUCUUCAGACGGCAUCGCACCUCGAGCAGGAUCUCCAGCACGACGAAGGCGGCGUGUUCCCCCUCGUGCCGACUGAAGGCGAGAUGAUGGCGUUGUUUGAUUUCGUCUCGGACGACAAAGUCGAGCUCGAGGUGAACCUUGGCGAAUUGACGGAGAAGACGCUCGACUUCCUCGACUACCGCACGCGUCAAGCUAACGACGACGACAUUGAGUGCACGGUCAACAUCAGCCAGCCGGCGGGCUUGAGCGGGAAAACCGUCCUCCUGCAACCGUCCUUCUUGCCUUCGACGUCUGCGGACGACGCCGACAGUCUCGAAGGCGCCAAAGUCACGCUCAGCGCGAUCGGUCGCACCCUCGAAGCUCAGCUCUUCUGCGAUAUCGAGGCUGCUGGCGAGGUUGGCUUGCCAUUCAAGUCGUUGAUGGCACGACACGAGGACCGCGGCCGCGAGGCGCUUUUGGCUGCUAUCAAGUACCUCACGGCCGGUCCGCAACCUCUCGCCUUCUUCGCCGGCACCUCGGCUCUCGUCCUCGUCUCGAACGUCCACGCCGCCUCAUGGACCUUGCAGCCUGUCUUGCAUGACGGCGUUAUCGACACGUCGAGGCGCUUCCUGCCGACGAUGUGGACGAAUGCGAUGGGCGAGGUCGACCAGGAGCUCUGGCAGCGUGCGGGCGCUUGGGUCAAGGGCGAGCUGUGGCGCUUCGCCGACCAGACUUAUCCGUCUCUUCUCGCCCGCGCGACCCGCCUGCACAUCCUCUCGGCUGUCGACCUCCAAGUCAUCCUCACCGCCUUCCUCCAUGCCGGCAAGGUCCUGCGUCGCUCGCCAUCGACCGGCGCGCUGCUCGCCGCGGACGACUUGGUCGACUGGGACCUCGACACCUGGUCCUUCGCUGGCGCUUUCUGGUAG